UUUAGAAAAUAAUAUUAGUGAUCAAAUGGAAAGAACACAAAUAUAUGAUGAAAUUAUGCAAUAUCUACCUGGAAUUAAAAGAGAGUAUUUGCGUAAGAAGACUCAACAUUAUUUAACGGAAUAG